AUGAAAGAUAAACAAGAUGGCUCUCUUUGGAAGGAGAAUCCUGAAGAAAUCAAAGAUUCUUUACUGUCUGUUAACGUGUCUGGGAACAAAGCAAAAGUGUUAGGUAAACCAUCUUUGGACGCGAGUGAUUCACCUCAGCAGAAUGUUGACGAAAAUUCUCAAGUUGAAAUGUGUUACAACGACAAGAAAGGUGCGUUCUCCUGGUUAAACUUUUCUUUCUUGAUUUCCUACACCCUAAAAUACUGAAACAAUCAUGAGUGUUCGUCACAGGAACUCUGAACGAUUUGAAAUAGUUUCAUCUAAGAGGAUUUGGGAUCUAAAAGAAGAGGAAAAAUUGCCGUACAAUUGUUUCGUUUCAAAUUCGCAUGAACAAAACUUGUGUAUUCAAAAGAAGAUAAACUCAAGCAUGACUCUUUGCGCUUGAUCAAGGUGUUUUUUCUAGGUGAUCAACUAUUCCACUUACUUAUAAUGAAAUGAAACUUUUUUUGAUAGUUUUCCUUUCUGUGAGCGAAUACAAUUAUAAGCUGAAAGUCUUCAAAUGCAAACUUGUUAGGAACGAACAUUUGAGGCCAAAUCUAUUUUUUUUUCGAGAUAUUUCAACGGAUUAAAGACUUGCUACACUUUAAGUUUUAUUUUUAGUGACAUUUGUUAUGGUUUGUCAUUUGCAAUUGUCAGUUGAAUCACGAACGUGUUUGGCUCCUUCUUGCAAGUGCGCGUAAUUUUAGCUACCUAAUUGUGAACACACCAAUUUUGCAGGUUUACAGGGGGGGGGGGUAAGUUUCUAAAGAAACUGUGAUGAUCCGUCGAAGGGCUAACGCUCUAAACGUCAGCUCUAGAAACUGUCAACGAUGGCCAAUUUACAUGAUCAACUCAGUUAAUAAAACCAAAUUAUCUUGAGAGAUUUAAAGUUUGCUGUUUUUGAUUGUUCAGAUGCUGCUGAAGAAUUCAAAGAUAAAUACCCAGCGCAAUCCAGCAAGUCCCGCUCUUCAUUCUCAGUGGAGCAGGUGUUGCAAUUAGAACGAGUUUUUGAACGACAGAAAUACCUGGGCUCCAGAGACAGGCAAAGGACUUGCAGAGCAGCUUCAGAUGACUGA